GGUCUUGCCCGGCUCCAGCAUUAUAAAGAGCUCCACGAGUUGGCAUUGUCAGGCGGUGGCACCGCGCGGGACGGAGAAAAGGUCUGCUUUAUCGACAGUGUACGGCGGCGGCCGAGCGGAGCGAUAGAGUCCGUGAACGCGGACGAGCCCUCGGGGGUGCGAGCGUGACCGCUGCCAAGCCCGCGUCGCCUUCUGCGGCGAGUAGGGCCUCGCGGCGUCAUCGGCGGCGAGUAGCCGCUGCGGCCUGGCCGACCAUGUCGGACGCGGCUGAAGAGCAGCCCAUGGAGACGACGGGCGCCACCGAGAACGGACACGAGGCCGCCCCGGAAGGCGAGGCCCAGGUCGAGCCCGGCGCCGCGGCAGCGGCCCCCGCGGCCUCGGCCGGGUCUGGGGGCGGGACCACGACCGCUCCGAGCGGGAACCAGAACGGCGCCGAGGGCGACCAGAUCAACGCCAGCAAGAACGAGGAGGACGCGGGAAAAAUGUUCGUUGGUGGUCUGAGCUGGGAUACCAGCAAAAAAGAUUUAAAGGAUUAUUUUACUAAGUUUGGAGAAGUCGUUGACUGUACAAUAAAAAUGGAUCCCAACACUGGCCGAUCAAGAGGGUUUGGGUUUAUUCUCUUCAAAGAUUCUUCCAGUGUGGAGAAGGUCUUAGAUCAGAAGGAGCACAGACUGGAUGGUCGUGUCAUUGACCCUAAAAAGGCCAUGGCUAUGAAGAAGGAUCCUGUGAAGAAAAUCUUUGUGGGAGGUCUAAACCCUGAAGCCACAGAGGAAAAGAUCAGAGAAUACUUCGGCCAGUUUGGGGAGAUUGAGGCCAUUGAGCUUCCAAUAGAUCCCAAGUUGAACAAAAGACGGGGUUUUGUUUUUAUUACGUUUAAAGAGGAAGACCCUGUGAAGAAAGUUCUGGAGAAAAAAUUUCAUACUGUCAGUGGAAGCAAGUGUGAAAUCAAGGUUGCCCAGCCCAAAGAGGUGUAUCAGCAACAGCAGUAUGGCUCUGGGGGCAGAGGAAAUCGCAAUCGAGGGAACCGAGGCAGUGGUGGAGGUCAGAGUCAGAAUUGGAAUCAGGGCUACGGCAACUACUGGAACCAGGGCUACGGCUACCAGCAGGGCUACGGGCCGGGCUAUGGCGGCUACGACUACUCGCCCUAUGGCUAUUACGGCUACGGCCCCGGCUACGACUACAGUCAGGGUAGUACAAAUUACGGAAAGAGCCAGCGACGUGGUGGUCAUCAGAAUAACUACAAGCCAUACUGAGAGGCAGCAGGAGCGGCCGAGUGACGACCGCACACGCUUUGUUUGGACGCGGAGUGAACACAAUUAUGUACCAAAUUUAACUUGGCAAACUUUUAUGGCCUGUCCCAUGUGCAUCUUAUUUAAAAUUUCCCCCAGAAAUCACUCUCCUGUUUACUAUUCCAGAGCUCUAGUUGUUGUAGGCAGCGUGUGGCGUCUAAGAGGCCAGAGCGGCAUUAAGGGGCUGAUUACCAGGUUACCCUGUUAUAGAUUGGAGGGUCUGCUUCCUGCUGCCGCUCUGCAGCCUGGACCUGUGGACCCUGGUUGUAAAGAGUAAACUGUAUCUUAGGAAACCAGUGUCACCUUUUUCACCUUUUAAUUUUAUAUUAUUUGUGUCAUACAUUUCCAGCAAUGGAAGUGUUAAUUUUACUGUACUUUUUGGUACCUCUUGGGAAUCUAAUGUAUUGUAAGGUAUUUUACACGUGUCCUGAUUUUGCCACAACCUGGAUAUUGGAUAUUGAAGCUAUCCAAGCUUUUGAAAUAAAAAUUAAAAACAA